AUGGUUGCCUUCGUCAGCGCGGCGCUGCUCUCCCUCGCAGCCGUCGGCACCCUCGCCGCCCCAACCGUCGAGAAGCGCACCGGCCUGUGGCACCACAAGUCGGACUGCAUGUCCAGGAGAGAGGCUCAGGUCGUCGCCGACAACUACGCCGAGCUGAUCCGCAACUACACCGAUGAGCUCGCCCUGGCAACUCUCGACCCAGGCUUCACGGACUAUAGCGAGUCUGUCAACACCCUCAUCAACACCUGCCCCCAGGGUGAUGCCGCGCAGACCCUCCCGCUCCUGGCCCCAACCUUCUCCAACCGAACCCAGUUCAUGAUCGGCCAAGGCCAGCAGCCUUUGAUCAACUUCGAGCAGCUCAACAUCCACCACGACUGCAAAUCUGUCACCAUCCGAUGGCUGACCAACAACACCGCUCCCAUCCCAAACCCGCGGCCAGUCGUCGGCAUAAUCCUCCUCGAAGUUGUCAAGGCACCCAAGCGCAACCAGUACCCGUGGGUUGCGAAGACUGUCUAUUCCGAAUUUGACUCGGGCGCGUGGCUCCAGAAUCUCGAGCAGGCCGGCAUCUGCGUGGGUGCCGACGCCAGUGGCAGCUCGCCACCGAUCAUCCUCCCAAGCGGUACCAUCCCGGCUAGCCCAAUCGUGCCAUCCGGGUCUGCCGCGCCCGUGGCUGGCUCCGUCGUCGCGCCUUCGGUCACCGCCGCACCAUCCGGCUACACCGCUGCUCCUGCCUCUGCUGCCGACACCUGCACUACGCCUAGCUCUGCUACCCCCGCGCCGACUGCUACCUACGCUGCAUAG